AAUAUUUUUAUUUACAUGUAACAGCAUGAAUCGUGGGUCAUUUGAUUACUACAUAUACUAUUUUUGUAAGAAUCGACUAUACUAACGUAAAAAUUACCCGUCCGCAUGUUAAUGCCUAAACAUUAUUGUCUUUCAUUUCAAACGGUUAGCCUUAACUAAUGUAAUUCUUUUUUAAAGUAAUAAUUAACUACUGUGAAAUAAAUUUCGUGUUUUUUUUUUUCAGAAACGCUUGAAGAGAAAGUAGAUAAAAUAUCGGACCAUCACACGAAAACUUUGAAAACAACUAAUGGUGAAAUUCAGCAACUAGAAACAAGAAUGGUGAACGUUGAAACAAGGCAAGGAAAACGAGCGGCUUUCACAGUGUUCGGUGCGUCUACACGAACUAAUGGAAUAUUAAAAUUCUUGAUAGAGUAUCUGAACGAAGGGUCCGUCUAUAGUAAAACAACAGGACAGUUCACUAGUCCGUUUGCGGGACUAUACGGAUUUACAGCGAGUUUCAUUGAAAGUGGUAGUGGUAAUAAUUACAUAUCUUGUCGCAUUAGAAAGAAUGGUUAUUCUUCCGUCUAUAUGCGUUCUCGGCAGGGUAAAAUAGACGGUGGGUAUAUAACAGGCGGCGAGGAAUCAGCUACUGGUGCAGCUACAUUUCAUCUAGCGAAAGGGGAUAGUGUAGAUGUCUACUGUUACAGUGACACUGGAACUAACCUUUACCUCUCAUCAUUUAGUGGCUUUCUUAUCAGUCCUGAUCCCUGAGCUUAUCAUUUUAUCAUAUAAUUUUGUAAAUUAAAAAGUACUUCUGCAUAUAGAGCGAUUAUAAUUAGUGUAAUUAUUAUAUGGUGAACACUGAUAAGAAAUACUAGUAUUCAAAUUAGAGAACGAACACUGUCAAUUUUCACAUGGGGUUCACAUUUAAUGAACCAAGUAAAGCUUCAGUUACAACUUGAAUAAGAAAGUACAUAGCUAUUUAGAUUAUUAUUUGUGGCUCUUCAAAUUAUAUUUUAUUUAGAAAUUAAAUCCUUACAUGCAGUUAAAUCUGUUGUAUUUUAAUCUCUUUAUUUAAAAUUACUUUCACGGAAGUGUUUUAUUUAAAACAUGACGUUCAAAGAAAUACAGAAAUAUCAUCAGUAGAAAAUUAUGAUGUCAUGUAAUAUGGUAAAAUGUAUAUAGCCAAAACCUGAUAUUUGCUGUUACAAUUGAGAAAUAAUAUUCUCUACCCAUAGGUUUGACAAAUGUUUUAUGGACAUACUGUAAAUAUUUAAAACAUUAAAGUUUUACUGUAGAUAUUUUAGAUUAAUUGUGUUGCUGUUCUUUUAUUAACAAUGUGUAUUAUUGUCUCUUGCAAAUCUUUAUAGAUUGGCUUUGUGGUACAAUGUUAAUAAAGAUCUUAUUUGUAUGUAUACACGUGUAUUACAAUGUAUAUAAAUGUGCACAAAGAUGAGAUUAAAAUAAAAUGUUGAACUUGAACUACAAAAAUAAAUAAGAAAACACGGUCAGGUAAUCUGUAUUGCUCCACCUAGAAUUCCAGAAGAGAAUUUAUGACAGUUAAUAAAAGGUGCGAAAGCAAAACACGGGAGACAAACUUGUAAAGUAAAGAAUAUUCCUGACAAAAGUUACAAAAUGAUUAGGGGAGAAAUAUUAAAGUUUCGAAACUUGAAGCGGAAACUGGAAUAUAAUUUAUUUCAAUUUUACAAUUAAAAAAGUAAAUAUACAGUCGUGUAUAAAACUGGAAAUAUGUGUAUGCAUUGGAAACUGAACGACAACAAUACGCGAAUAUUUUAUCAGUGGACGCCGACGUCAUCGCAAAUGUUUACGACACAAACUCUGGACGACUUUCUGAAAAACAAUGAUGCAGACGAAGUACAUCAUCGCGUAUGGAUGUUUCAGUUUGUAGUUGGUUUGGCAGUGGCUCCUAGAAAAAGUACUGUUAUUACAAUAAAUUACUUUCGAGCAUCAAGUGAAUUGACGUUUAAUAAAGAAAUAUUCCACUAC